GUCCGCGGCCCACUUCCGGUCUGCCGAGGGCCCUGGCGAUUCCGGCGUGGGUACCCCGCCGCGGACCGUCAGUCUUCUGGGUGGGAGUGUGAAGAUGCUUAAAGAGCGUCCAGGGAUGGCAGAAGAUCCUCAGCAGCAGAUGGGUGUUCCUGUGGUAAAAUUGGAGAAAGAAUUGCCAUGGGGCAGGGGAAGGGAGGACCCUAGUCCUGAGAUUUUUCGGCUGAGGUUUCGGCAGUUCCGCUAUCAGGAGGCAGCCGGUCCCCAGGAAGCCCUCAGGGAACUCCAGGAGCUUUGUCGCCAGUGGCUAAGGCCUGAGCUCCAUACCAAGGAGCAGAUUCUGGAGUUGCUGGUGCUGGAGCAGUUCUUGACCAUCCUGCCCCGAGAAUUCUAUGCCUGGAUUCGGGAGCAUAGCCCAGACAGUGGCAAGGCCCUGGUGGCCAUGGUGGAGGACUUCACAGAGAGAGCACUGGAGGCCAAGGCGGUGGGCCCAAAGAAGGCAGUUGCGAUGGAUUUCAAAGUCCCUCCUACACCCAUUCAUUUUUGGGCAGAGCUGUAUGUGGGGACGCAGGUUCCAUGCCACAUGCAGGGACAGCAGGAGGAGACGGCACUUUGCAGAGGUCCUUGGGAGCCAGGUGUCCACCUGGGGCCAGUGGAGGUCAAGCCUGAGUGGGGGAUGUCCCAUGGGGAAGGAGUUCAAAGCCUAGACCAAGGCACCGAGGAGCAGCUCAAUCAGGCCCCUGGAGCUGGGACGCAGACCUUCCAGGAGCAGGCUCUGCCAAUUCUUCAGGCUGGUCCUAGCCUCUCCACUGUGAACACCAGAGACCAGGAGAUGGCAGCUGGAUUCCUUUCGGCUGGAUCUCAGGGGUUGGGACCAUUUAAAGAUAUGGCUCUGGCCUUCCCAGAGGAAGAGUGGAGGCAUGUGACCCCAGCACAGAUUGACUGCUUUGGGGAAUACGUGGAACCACAGGACUGUGGGGUCUCACCUCCAGGCGGUGGGAGCAAAGAAAAGGAGGCCCAAACUCAGCCGGCAGACCUCAAGGGGGCGCUUGCUCAGGGGACGUCAGAGAGGUUUGGGGAAGCCGCUCUCCAGAGCCCUGAGCUUGGAAGAACCUGUGAGCAGGAAUCCAGUAUCUCUGUGGGAAAUGUGCCAGGGCCGCCUCCUCCCCAGCGUGGCAUCCUACCCCUGCCCGAUGACCUCACGACCCAUGGCUCCUUCUGGAAGCCUUUUCAGUGCCCUGAGUGUGGAAAAGGCUUCAGUCGGAGCUCAAAUCUCGUCAGACACCAGCGAACCCAUGAAGAGGAGAAGUCCUAUGGCUGCGUUGAGUGUGGGAAAGGGUUUACUCUGAGAGAGUACCUCAUGAAGCACCAGAGAACCCACCUGGGAAAGAGACCCUACGUGUGCAUUGAGUGCUGGAAAACCUUCAGUCAGAGGCACCACCUCGAAGUCCACCAGCGGAGUCACACAGGGGAGAAGCCCUACAAGUGUGGAGACUGCUGGAAAAGCUUCAGCCGGAGGCAGCAUCUCCAGGUGCAUCGGAGAACUCACACGGGGGAAAAGCCCUACACCUGUGAGUGCGGCAAGAGCUUAAGGAAUGCUAACCUGGCUGUGCACCGGCGGGCCCACACUGGGGAGAAGCCCUAUGGGUGCCAGGUGUGUGGGAAGCGGUUUAGUAAAGGGGAGCGGCUGGUCAGACACCAGAGGAUCCACACUGGGGAGAAGCCUUACCACUGCCCUGCCUGUGGGAGGAGCUUCAACCAGAGGUCCAUCCUCAACCGGCACCAGAAAACUCAGCAUCGCCAGGAGAUCCAAAUGCAGUAAGGGUGCUCUGCGGAAAUGCAUCUUUUUUGCUAAUGGAAGGUGCUGGAGAAGGUGGAACCUUCCAAGUAGAGGGAGACCUCACUGGAGAAUGUCAUUCAUCUUUACUCACUGAAGGGCUUUGGGCGCUGAGAGGUGAUGGGGUGCAGAAAGGCCCUUGGACCCAUUUUCUUCUUGUUCAAAGGGAAAAGGGUGAGGCCUGAUUUAUUUUGAGUCCCCAGCUUCUCAGGCAAGUGGUGCUAACAGUUUUUCUUAGCAUCUUCUGGGGAAACAAUAUUCUGAGUUUCAAUUCAGGUUGAGGUUUUUCUCUUUCGGUGGAAUAUUCAUAUCCACCUCCUGAGCAACUCCGGUGGUAGUCAAGGCAAAAUUUCGUCCAGUGUUGGCAGCUUGAAUUUAAUUUUUCUGAGGUCUGUAUCCUGCCUGCAAAGAUAGAUUCUCCCUCCCCACCCCACUCUCUUUUCCAUUUAACAAAUAUUUAUGAAAUAUCUGCUAUACACCUGGCACUGGGAAUACAGUGGUUAACUAGACAAAUGAGACCUUGUUCUCCCAGAGCUUGUGAUUUAGCAUUGGAAGCACACAUGAAAACACUAAUUCUCGUGUUCUGAGUUACAUUUGUGAUGAGUGUUGUGUGGGAGGGUACUUUUCUCAUGCUCACUCAUUCUGCCCUGCCUGCUUGGGUGCUGGAUCUUUCCCUCCCUGAUUGGGAUCACUCAGGCAGCCUCGUUUAUUUUACUUUAUUUGUAGUCCCCUUUGUAACAUUCUGCCCUCAUCUGUAAAGUUGCCUCAUUCCAUUCCUUAUACUGUAACAGCUGUCUACACAUGUAUUAGGAAAUAAGUAUUUUGUUAUUGAUCAACUGAAUAAACAGAGUAUUUUAAAAACCAUUCAGUUCUGUAUAAAGAUCUAAUUAGAUGAGUCUGAAAGAUGAACUAGUAUUAAUACUCUGUAUUUGAUGUCACUUUAUAGUAUAUAAAAUGUUUUUCUCUGUA